AUCACAGAGAGAAAAAGUAGGAGAGUGAGAAAAUGAAGGCAACCAAGGUGGUACUAUUCCCCACUCCCGGCGCCGGCCAUCUCGUCGCCAUGGUCGAGCUUGCCAAGCAGAUUCUCCACCAUUCCGGCCACACCCUAUCCAUUACCAUCCUCCAGAUCCACCCCCCUUCCACCUCGCCGCUCAACUCCUCCAAUACCUCCACCCACGUCCAGGACGUCGCCGCCUCCGGUCUCGACAUCGACUUCGUGGAGCUCCCACCCUCCGAUCACGACCCAGAAGGUGAGGGCGUGAUGCAGACCCUAAGCUACAUAGAGUCACAGAACCCUGCCCUUUCGACGACUCUAACAUCCAUUUCAGCCGAAACCACCGUUUCCGCCAUUGUCCUGGACAUGUUCUGCGUCGGCGUGGCCGGCGUCCCCGCCGAGUUGGGCAUCCCCACUUACGUCCUCUACACCUCCGGCGCCGCCAUGCUGACCACCUUUCUAUACUUGCGAACGCUGGACAUGACAUAUGACUGUGAUUUCAGAGAAUUGAAGGCGUUGAUCCACAUACCCGGCCGGUCUCCGGUUCCUGCUUCGGCCCUGCCGAUUCCUCUUCAGGAGAAGCAAUCCCCGAGCUACCAAUGGUUUAUGAAGGCAGCAGAGCUGUACUCGAAGCUGGACGGGUUACUCGUGAAUACCUUCGAAGGUCUGCAGCCCACACCCAUCAAAGCUUUAACCGAUGGGCUAUGCACGCCAGGGAGCAGAACCCCUCCCAUUUACCCAGUGGGACCCUUGCUCGGCCUGCGACUCGAGUCGCCGGAGCACGAUUGCAUCAAGUGGCUCGAUCGGCAGCCGCAGUCGUCGGUGGUGUUCAUGUGCUUCGGCAGCAUGGGAGCAUUAUCGCCGGAGCAGAUCGCCGAGAUCGCAUGCGGGCUAGAAAGCAGCGGGCAGCGGUUCCUGUGGUCGAUUCGCAUUCGGCCAAGUGGCGCCCCGCGGUUCUCGGAGCCCGAGGACGUGGACCCGAGGGAGGUGCUUCCGGAGGGCUUCUUGGAACGGACCAAGGAGAAGGGACUAGUGUGGCCUAGGUGGGCGCCGCAAGUGGCGAUCCUGUCGCACCCGGCCGUCGGGGGUUUCGUGUCGCACUGCGGAUGGAACUCGACGCUGGAGAGCGUGUGGUUCGGCGUGCCGAUGAUCGCGUGGCCGCUCUACGCCGAGCAAAGCAUGAACGCCUACGAGCUGGUGAAUGACUUGGGGCUGAGCUUGGGAGUAUUCAUGAAAGAAGAAGGUGGUGGAUUACGCAUGAAAGAAGAAGGUGGUGGGCUGGUGAAGGGCGAAGAACUGGAGAAGGCAGUGUGGAGCUUGAUGGAAGGCGAGGAAGGGAAGAAGGUGAGGGAGAAGAUGAAGGAGGCGAAGAACAUGGCAAGAAAGGCAGUCGAAGAAGGAGGCUCGUCGUAUUCGGCUCUGGCUUCGUUGGUUCAGGAAUGGACCAAAGGCCAUUGA